CACACAGCAGCCAGGUUGGGACGGAAGAGGUUGCAGUGCACUGUAUCAAGUGAACAGCCACACACACACACUGAAGUGAAAUUUACGUGCGAAAGAGGGUCUCCUCUGUGCAGAGGGAUUUUUUUCAUGUUUCAUUGCGCCUCUGGAUUGGUGUCUGCUCUGUUUGCUUGACAGCAGUCAUGGCCAGAUGUGUGGGUCUCCUCAUUCUCGCUGUCUACACUUUGGCACAAGAGCUGCCAUCAGGCCCACAUGGCUGCACAGAUGGAAGCUGUUAUCCAGCUACAGGGAACCUCCUCAUCGGGCGAGCUGUUAACCUGACCAGCACCUCCACCUGUGGCUUGGAAACACCUGAGCAAUACUACAUUGUUAGCCACCUGCAGCCCGUGGAGACGGUGGCAAAGAAAAGCUCCCUCAGACAACAUGAGGAAGAAACCUCGAGAGGAACCAGACUCAAAAAGGAAUCCAUGCUCACUGGGGAGUUAGAGAAGUACUUUAUGUGUGAUUCUCGAAGACCCUAUGACCCCGACCAUCACAAAAUGAGCCAUCGUGUGGAAAACACCAUCUACCUGAGGGAUAGUAGAGGAGACUUCACAUGGUGGCAGUCCGUAAAUGGAGAGGAGCAGGUUAGCAUCAGACUUAAUCUGGAGACAGAGUUCCACUUCACUCAUCUCAUCAUGAAGUUUAAGACAUUUAGGCCUGCAGGCAUGUUGAUUGAGCGCUCUGUGGAUUUCGGGCGUUCGUGGAAGCCGUGCCGCUAUUUUGCCCACAACUGCACAGGAACCUUUCCUGGAGUGCGUACCCAGCCUUUGCGGUUCAUCGAUGAUGUAAUCUGUGACCAGCGCUAUUCUGACAUUGAGCCAUCCACAGAAGGAGAGGUCAUUUUCAAAGUGCUUGAUCCUGCAAUUCCUGUCAGUAAUCCUUAUAGUCCUAAUAUUCAAGACCUGCUACGAAUCACUAACCUGAGGAUUAACUUCACUAAACUCCAUACUCUGGGGGAUAACCAACUGGAUCGGCGCCCUGAUGUGCUACAGAAGUAUUAUUACUCUGUGUAUGAGCUGGUGGUGCGUGGCAGCUGCUUCUGCUAUGGCCAUGCCUCUGAGUGUGCCCCAAUCCCAGGAGUUCACUCUCGGGACCAUGGCAUGAUUCACGGGCGCUGUGUGUGCAAGCAUAACACUAUGGGUCUGAACUGUGAGCGCUGUAGGGAUUUCUAUCAUGAUCUGCCCUGGAAACCAGCCGAGGCAAAUAACCCACACACUUGUAGAGAGUGCAACUGUAAUGGCCACUCCAACAAGUGUCACUUUGAUAUGGAGGUGUAUCUGGUCACUGGGAACGUCAGUGGAGGUGUAUGUGAUGACUGUCUUCACAACACCAUGGGCCGCAACUGUGAAACCUGUAAACCCUUCUUCUACCAGGACCCGGCAAGAGAUAUCCGAGACCCCUACAUCUGUGUUCGAUGUGACUGUGAUCCAGUGGGUUCUCUGGAUGGAGGGACGUGUGACAGUCAUACUGAUAUGCAUAUCGGAAUGAUCGGUGGUCAGUGUCACUGUAAGUCCAAUGUCCAGGGUCAACGCUGUGACUACUGCAAAGAGGGCCACUAUGGCCUCAGCCAAAACGACCAUCUUGGGUGCCAACCAUGUAACUGUGAUCCACGUGGCACUAGCAUGAUGAGACCAUUAUGUGAUCAUAUCAGUGGGGACUGUUCUUGCAAGAGAUAUGUGACUGGUCGCUACUGUAACCAUUGCAUACCAGAGUACUGGGGACUCAGUAAUGACCUUGAGGGUUGCAGGCCCUGUGACUGUGACUUUGGUGGCUCAUAUAGCAAAAGGUGCAGAAUGGAUAAUGGUCAGUGUGACUGUCGUCCUCACCUCAUUGGCCGUCAGUGCUCAGAUGUGGAGCCUGGUUAUUUCUGUGCCGCUCUCGAUUACUACACAUAUGAAGCUGAAAAAGCAGUGGGUCACUCUCCUGAUAGUGCUGAUCUGCCUGGGAAGCCACGCCCUCCGGCUGUAAAUAACUGCGCGCAGCAUCUCAGUAACCAGCUGAGGCGACACAGACGCCAUCGGCACAUCACCCGGCAGCAGAGGGCGGCUCUGAGACGCAUCCGGCAGCUUCAGCAGACCCCUGAUGUGACCUUUGCGGACAAAGAGAGAUAUUCAGAUCAGAUGGUCACCUGGACCGGGUCAGGUUUUGCUCGGAUUAAAGAUGGCGCUGGCAUUGUAUUUUCCAUCGAAAACAUCCCAUAUGCCAUGGAGUAUGACAUUAUGAUUCGCUAUGAACCAGAGUCUACAGAGGACUGGGAGGCCAUUGUGAGUGUCACAUCUGUGUUACUGGCCACCAGUACUCGCUGUGGGAACCUGCUGCCCACUGAACAGCUCUACACUGUCACGCUGCCACACAACAAGAGGCACAUUCUCAUGCCCCAGCCUUUCUGCUUCGAGCCCAACAACCGCUACGUGGUGGCCAUCCGCUUUCAGCGCCAUGCAGUCUCUCACAGACACCUCACUGCUCACAUCCUCGCUGACUCGCUUGUAUUAAUCCCCCGAUAUGAGGAGCUGCCAGGGUUUAUGGGUAAUGAUCCCCUGGCUGUGCGGCGGCGAGAGGAAAUGGUGCACUACAUGUGUUUGGACUCCUUUAUGGCUACACCAAUGCCGAUUCUGGCUGAGAUGUGUAUCAAAUUGAUCUGCAGCAUUUCUUCUCUCAUGCAUAAUGAAGCAUUACCUUGUAACUGUGAUCCUCAGGGUUCACUGAGUGUUGAGUGUAAAAAGAUCGGAGGCCGGUGUCAGUGUAAAACCAAUGUAUUUGGCCGUAAUUGUAACCAGUGUGCACCGAGAACAUAUGGAUUUGGACCCUAUGGUUGUACUGCCUGUGACUGCGACAUCGAUGGCUCUUAUGCUCAGCGGUGUGACCCAGUUACAGGGCAGUGCCCCUGCAAGCCCGGGGCCUUUGGACGGCAGUGCUCUGAAUGCCAGGCUGGUCACUGGGGCUUCCCAAACUGCAGGUCAUGCCAGUGUAAUGGGCACUCAGAGACCUGUGACCCACACACUGGCGCAUGCCUUAACUGCAGAGACAACACAACAGGCCAAUUUUGUGAAAGGUGCACGAAUGGGUAUUAUGGUAACCCAGUGCUGGGUUCAGGAGAACAUUGCCACCCCUGUCCGUGCCCAGGUAACCCAGGCAGUGAACAUUCAAAUGCAUAUUCCUGCAACAUGCAACAGUCCUCCAACCAGAUCAUCUGCCUGUGCAAGCCAGGAUACACAGGACAUCACUGUGACCGCUGUGCUCCGAGUUACUAUGGCCACCCAGAACAAAAAAAUGGACAGUGUCGGCCAUGUGAGUGUAAUGGGAACAUUCAGGCUGAAGAUCAUGACUCGUGUGACCCCCACACAGGCCAGUGCUUGAAGUGCCUUUACAACACAGAUGGGCCUUCAUGCUCCGAGUGCAAGCCUGGCUACUAUGGCAAUGCCCUGGCCAGGGACUGUAGGCGCUGUACAUGUAUGAGACAGGCAACAGACCAGGAGUUCUGCAAUGAUGAGGUGUGUUACUGUGACAAACGGACCGGUACAUGUCCCUGCAGGCCCAACGUUGUUGGUGAUAACUGUGACCAGUGUGCUGCCAACCACUGGAACCUUGGUAUGGAUGAUGGCUGUGAGGCUUGUGAAUGCCAUCCACAGAACAGCUUUAGCUCACACUGCAAUUUGAUCAGUGGACAAUGUCACUGCCGGCCUGGUUUUGGAGGCAAGCAGUGCACCGAGUGCGAGCUGUUCCACUGGGGUGAUCCAGCAGUGCACUGUGAGGAGUGUAAAUGUCACGAGCAGGGAUCAGUGAUGAGUCAGUGUGACCGUAUCACAGGGGCAUGUGAGUGCAAAGAAUGGGCAGCAGGCCAACACUGUGAUGAGUGUGCCCGUGGUUUUACCGGACAUUUCCCCAGAUGUAUGUCCUGCCACCCCUGCUUCCAGCUUUGGGACGACAUUGUGUGCCAAGUCAAACAUGACAUGGAUAGAAUCCGCUUCAUCGUAGCCAAGAUCCUGGAGAUGGGUGAGGUGCCUGGUGUUGGUAGCACCCGCAUUCAUGAGCUGGAGCAGAAGCUAGCUGAGAUCAAGAAGCUGCUCCAGGAUGGAGGAGGAGACAGCAUAUAUCAGCUGAUCAGUCAAGCCAUUGAUGACUUGAGGGCUGAGAUAGCUGUCACUGACGGCCGUUUGAUGGAUACAGAGAGAGAUCUGAAUGUGACGACAGACCAUAACAACAUUCUAAAACAUAAUUUGACAUCACUUGAGCAAGAGUUCAGGGAUCUGAACACCACCGUUAUUCAGUGGCACAGAGAGCUGAAGAACCAUUUCAGUGGUGGAAUUACAGAUCUGCUUGACAAAGUGCGGAAAUACUACCAAGAGUCUCUGGACGCUGAGCAGAGGUGCAAUGCUUCAGUUUUUGGGCCUCAGAGUCCUGUAGUGCAGUCUCAACACACACGCAACAUCACUGAGGCCCUGCUGGACCAGAAGACGGACAGGUUUCUGCGCAACGUCACAGCUCAGAAGAAAUCCCUGUCUGAGCUGAAAAAGAAAGCAGAAAAAAUGGAUGAAAAGGCCCAUCAACUGAGCAAAAAGGUGUGUGGAAGCAGUGGCAAUGCAAACACUAAUGGUUCAUGUCCAGACAGCCCUUGUGGAGGUGUUGGUUGUGUGAAUAGCAAUGCUACACCGGUGUGUGGAGGGCCACACUGCAAUGGCACUGUUGGCGAGUCAAUCAGGGCGCUGGAGAAAGCCAGUGAUGUCGGCAAGAACCUGACAGCUGUCAGCGAGGACAUUAUGAACAUGGUCAAAAAGCUCCAGGACAUUGCUACGCUCACUGAGAAUGUGAAGGCCCAGGCAAUGAACACUUUGGACAAAGCCCAGCAGAAGAAAGAGCUCUUUGAAAAAUCCAAUAAGAAACUGAAAGAUUUCAUCCAAAAGAUCAGAGACUUUUUAACUGAGGAAGGAGCAGAUCCAGAGAGCAUAGAGAAAGUGGCACAGCAGGUUUUGGCCAUCACGCUGCCAUUCAAUCGGACAGGAUUGGACAACAUAAUUUUGCAGAUAAAAGACCUCAUUGCCAACAUCACUGAUGUGGAUGGAGUCUUUAAUAACUCCACUGAGCAGCUGGCCAAAGCCAAGGAACUGCUCAAUGGAGCCAUCAAUGAACAGGAAAAAGCAGAGGAAAUUAGUAAUGUUAUUAAUAAGACUAAAGAGGCCAUGAACACCACCCAGAAGGCCAUAGAGAAAGCAAGAACGGCAAUAGAGACAGCCUUGGAAAACCUCAACGGCACACAGAGCACCACUGCAAUGGUGGAAGACAAACUCUCAAAUUUAGAAGCCAACCUCAUGGAUAUGAUGAUGCGUUUGGCUAAUUUAUCCAAAGAAGUAGAUUUUUUGAAAAAUAAGACAGAACAAAACAGACAGCAGGCAAAGGAAGCCAAGGAGCGAUCAGACAACGCCACUCAGGCUGCCUCUGAACUAAAAAAGGAUUUGUCACAUGUUGAGACUCGUUAUAAGGAACUAAAAGAUAAGAUCGAUUCUUUGGGAGGAGCAGCGGCAGGUAAUAUUACACAGAAAGCACUGGACAUGAAGAAGGAGGCCGAGGAUCUUCUCGGGAAGGCCAAGAAGGACAUGGAAACACUUAGAAAGCUGGAGGAUAAACUGCGGAAGAAUGAGAAGAGAAUGCAACAGCAGCGGGAUGAGCUUGCCACGCUGGAAAGCAAUGUUACGGACAUCCAAGAUUUCAUCAAAAAUAAAGUCACAGGCUAUAAUAUUUGUCAGUAAUGACAAAAUCACUUAAUUCAGAAUAUUACAAUUUGUUUAGCCUUCGACAUUAACUCAGGACUUCUGCCAAUGUCAGUCAAACCUGAUGUGUUGUUAAUGUGAGGGGGUGACUACUUACUCAUUCCAACUGUCAGCUUGAAGACCUGUUAAGAAAAAAAAAAUUAUCAGAUUACUGAAACUGGAAAGAGCUACUGAUAACAAAAAGCAUAAUUGCUCGACUAAAAGAAUUUGCAAAUUUGACUUUAAUAAUGUAAAUGGUCGUAUUUUAAAAACAAAUAUGAUUAUUUUUAUACUAUUUCCAUAUAAAUGAAAGCAAACACACCACCUUGUCAAAAUGGUAUGGAAUGAAAUUAUAUAUUAUAAUUUGCUACCAGCACUUUUCUUACAUUAGAGGCGUAAGUGUUCUUUAUUAUGACAAAAAGUUGGCUCUGUUUCUAGGGCAUUCAGAAAAGUUUCAGCAUGACAUCUAAAAAAAAUCUUUUCUAUAUUGAUGUGAAUGAAUUGUUGAAGUUAUACAUUUGAUAAAUAUGCAUUUGAUACAGUACUUGGAAAGAAAAGCAAGGGAUUUUUCUAACACUUCUAACACUUGUUUCUAACACUUGUUCUACUUUCUGAGUCUGCAUCAGUCUAUGAGCAAAAAGUUCUUGGUGUGGUAAUCCUCUUCUUGUCUGGAUCAUCGCACUUGAGGACUUUUUCCUGUCAUAUGACUUGAUCACGCACUUUGUGUCAGUCCAUCUCAGAUGAGCUCAGGCCCAAAGAAUUCAGCAGUGUUUCUGAACGUUGCUGAUAUAUGGCUUUCGCUUCACAUCCUAGAUGCAGCGAUGAACUUUGAUUACCAACAGCGGUUUUCCGAAGUGUUCCCGAGCCCAUGUAUUAAUGUCCUUUAUACAGCCCCAAGUCCAAAAAAGUUGGGACACUGUGUCAACUGUAAAUAAAAACAGAAUGUGAAGAUUUGCAAACCAUAGAAACCCUAUAUUUCAUUGAAAAUAGUACAACCCCGAUUCCAAAAAAGUUGGGACAAAGUACAAAUUGUAAAUAAAAACGGAAUGCAAUGAUGUGGAAGUUUCAAAAUUCCAUAUUUUAUUCAGAAUAGAACAUAGAUGACAUGUCAAAUGUUUAAACUGAGAAAAUGUAUCAUUUAAAGAGAAAAAUUAGGUGAUUUUAAAUUUCAUGACAACAACACAUCUCAAAAAAGUUGGGACAAGGCCAUGUUUACCACUGUGAAAACAUCCCCUUUUCUCUUUACAACAGUCUGUAAAUGUUUGGGGACUGAGGAGACAAGUUGCUCAAGUUUAGGGAUAGGAAUGUUAACCCAUUCUUGUCUAAUGUAGGAUUCUAGUUGCUCAACUGUCUUAAGUCUUUUUUGUCGUAUCUUCCGUUUUAUGAUGCGCCAAAUGUUUUCUAUGGGUGAAAGAUCUGGACUGUAGGCUGGCCAGUUCAGUACCCGGACCCUUCUUCUACGCAGCCAUGAUGCUGUAAUUGAUGCAGUAUGUGGUUUGGCAUUGUCAUGUUGGAAAAU